AACGGAUUGAGACCGUCGAUUGACCAAAAAUCAGGAUGGAUGGACGGAUUUGAAACUGGGAUUUUGUGCACUGUCAAGGACCGCGUAAGAACCUUCGCAGCCGAGCGAUGGCUAGGAAUCGACAGUGGGGGGCGCGUGCUUUAGAUUCUCCUUGGAAUGGAUUGUAGCCCUUUUUGGUAGCACCGAGACUUGAGAUGGGAUUUUGAUCGUCUAGGCACGAAAUACAGGUAAUGCGGUUUGAUGCCGCCGAAAUGGAUCUAGCAGCGGCUUCUACCCUGGAGCCGGCCUUGCAAUCGGCGUGGAUCCAGAGAUUGAAGAGAGGUAGCAGCAGGAAGGAGCAUGGCGACGAGGGACUCCAGAUUCCACUGGGAAAGCUCGAGCUGGGAGGUGAAAACGGACUGGAGAUUGGGGGUUUAGAGACAAGUAGAGAUCAAGUCCAGGCUAUGAGCAAGGAGCUCCUCAUCCGGAUAAACAGCAAAGUCGGGCUGGAUGAGAAUGGGAAGGAUUUUAAUCCUGGAGCUAAGCUUUGCGCUAUCCAACGCUCUCCCAGAGGAUUUGGUUCUUUUCGCGUCAAGCUCUCGGGCGUCAAGUUUCGAAAGCCGCCGCUUCCUCCAGCGCCCAAAGCUGGCAAGGCCGACGCUGUGGAAGCCCACAAAAGAAAAGAGAGGAUUGCGAGAAUCCAUGGCGUGGACGUGACACUCGAGCAGCAACACCGAAAUGGCACGGAUGGCAAGAGGAGAGAUUUGCUGGCCGAGUUUGCGUUGCGCUUGGACAUCAAAGAGAAGCCAACGCCUCUUGGGACUUUUCACAUUGUGGACAGGAAGAAGAACCCAUCGCUGCGCAAGGACAGGAGGUUGGCCACCUUGGUCUCUCCAAUUUCGGUGGCGGCAGCAGUGACGGAAGAUCACGAUGCGGUGGGAUCGAUUACAGCCAGCUUAACUUCCGAAGUGCUGAAGCUGGAAGCGUCGAGGCACAGCGCAGUUGGAGCUCGCACCGAUCCUUCCUCCAUGGAAGGCAAUCUCUCGGAGUCGAGGACGCUCUCCACAACUUAUUGCGGCAGCUCUCCUUAUCCAUGCCCCGCUCCCAGCUGGACUUGCUCGAGAGGAUCCGAGCAACCUGAGAGACGUGACACGAUCGAGCAAGAAGCCGAGGCCUGUUUUGCAACGGAAAAAAGACGGCGGGAAGCAUCAGUGGCUUUGAGCAAGGAGAUGGUACCUUCAACCGUAGUGAAACGAAGCAGAAUUUCGGUAGGAGAGGCGACCUUGGCUGGACCCUGGCUGAACAGAUGGAGGGAAUCUGGAGAAAGCAAGCCUGGUAAAGUUCAAAGCGUGACACAGGCAUUGGGAAAGAAACAGACUUUGCUACAUGGGUCGGAGCCUCCCAGUGCUGCAGCGUUUGCAAUCGUUGGUGCUGCUGUGAGACAGCUCCAGUCCUACUCGCUGGGUCAGUCCACGACUUGAGAAUCGUCCCUGGUCCUGCGGAAGAGAUCCAUGUCACUAACAACUUCUAGAGGCACCUGGCUGUCCGGAGCCAAAGAGACGAUGAAAUCGAACCAGUCUGCGCGGACGGUAGGCUAUCUGAGGAACACUAAAAUGAGACUCCAUAAAAACUUCACAGAACAUUGAUACC